GCACUAUAGUCCGCCUUUCGCCGCCUCUGGGAAUCCCUCGGUUUUCUCAAAGCAAGUAACUUGUCGCCAUUGUGUCAGCGAAAACGAAAUAGUGCAGCAUACAGUCAUACACCUUCGAGUCGAGCAGUAAAAGCUUCUUCUCAGACAUACUUUAAAAAAAUACCUAAUUAAAAAUUAAUAAUUACUGAGUUUUCUGGUGAUUUCAUUGGAAAAAUCUAUUCCAUAAAUUAAAAAUGGUAAACCAAAAAUUAAUCAUUGCAUUAGUUUUGGCUUUGGCGAAUGUGGCCACAGCCGGACCACUGGCCGCUGGAAUAUGUUACGCAGGUUGUGCGGGCGUUGUGUGUGCGUGCUUUGCAGCGGCUGGCGUAGUUUUUGGAACAGUGCCUUUGUCCGUAAUUGCAGCCACACCUGCACUUGCCGGUUGUAAUUCAGCCUUUGCGACAUGCAUGUCGCUAUGUUCAGCGGCUGUAAUUGCUCCAACACCAUAAAUAUUAGAAUAUUAUAUAUAUUAUAUUAUAAAUAAUAUUAUAAUUAUUCACAGCAUUGUUUAAAAUUAAAUGCUAAAUUAAAAAUUAUUCUAUUUCAUUCUCUAAAAAAAUUAUAUUCUAAAGUUUAAUUGCUUGUAUUAUAUUCAAAGCAAAUUAAGAAAUCAUGAUAUUCCCUAUGUAAUCUCAUUGUAUAUUGUAUUUUUUGUAAAAUAAAUUCAACUACAUUCUUCUAUGUAUUUUCAAUAAAAA